GCCACGUCUUCUUUUGGACCAAAUCGUCGCCCUAAUUAUUCUUCUAAACCGAAUUCCAGUCCACUUCCAGUUUUAUCGCGUCACGACAACUCAAAUCUCUCUCCGCUCCUUCCUUUCUGCCGACGAUUUCGAGCUCCAGAUCCUGCAAAAUGUCGGCGAAGACAGUGAAAAUAAGCAACAUUUCUUUGUUAGCAUCUCAAAGAGAUGUACAAGAAUUCUUUUCCUUCUCAGGGGGUAUUGAUUAUGUUGAGAUGCAAAGUGAAUCAGAAGAUACUCAAUGUGCAUACGUCACUUUCAAAGAGUCACAGGGUGCAGAAACUGCAGUUCUUCUUACGGGAGCAACUAUUGCUGAUCGUGCUGUUGCAGUUUCACCAGCGCCAAAUUACAAGUUGCCUCCUGAAGCUUACAGGCAGACAUUAGAGGGGAAAUCUUCAUCUACCAGUGCGGCAGUGCAGAAGGCAGAGGAUGUGGUAAGUAGCAUGUUGGCCAAGGGCUUUGUUCUCAGUAAGGAUGCACUCCAGAAAGCCAAAUCCUUUGAUGAGCAGCACCAACUUCUGUUCACUGCCUCAGCUACAGUUGCGUCUCUGGACAAGAGGAUUGGUCUCAGUGAGAAGCUAAGCACUGGUAUGGCCAUGGUCAGCGGGAAGGUCAGGGAGGUAGAUGAGCGAUUCCAAGUAUCGGGGAUCACAAGGUCAGCCCUUGCCACUGCUGAGCAAACAGCCACAACCGCUGGAACAGCUGUUUUGAGCAACAGCUAUGUCUCAACCGGUGCAUCCUGGAUCUCAAGUGCACUUGGCAAAGUAAUGAAGGCAGCUGAGGAUGUUAGCAUGAUGACUAGGGAGAAGGUGGAGAAGGCUGAAGAGGAAAGGAAGGACUUGUUUUGGACCGAGAAAAGUGGGAUUGUGAGUGACUAUGCAAAGGUUCACCUCAACGACUCAUUGCCAAGUGAACCUCCGACUGUGCCUGUGUAUUCUAUGGAUGAGCUGAAGUUGCGGACCUAGUGAGUCACGUACAUUUGAUAAGUUGGUGUAGUUGUUCCCUCUUUUGCUUUGCACAAUCAUUCUUUUGAUGCCCGCACAAUCCAUUGGCAUUACUGGGCAAAUGCAGUAUGAUAGCUGUGUAGCAGAAUAAAAAAUAAUUGGUAUGCCUAAAAUCGGACUUCCAAAUAAAGUACAUUUGUGUUCACCAGUCAA